AUUGACAUGAUGGAGAUUUCAUGACCCUUUAAUGCCAACAGACUGGCCUAAAGAAAUCAAAAAAUGGAUAGCCAGAAAUUUCCGUAUAAUAAAUUCUAAUAAGACAGAGGUGUUUAUUAAACCACAAUGAAUCUCUCUAAUCACACCCAUGUUGAUAUAGAGCCAUAUUUCACUACUGCUCGAGCAAUUUUGCUGUAAUCGAAUCUAAAAUAUAAUCUAAUAUGAUGUAACAAUAGAAUCCAAGUAUGUUUAAUAAUAUUACAAAGCACUGAUAAUGUCUCUAUCAGGACAUUCAAAUUAUUUGAAAGAUCAAAGCAUAUUAUUACCUAGAUACAGCACACAACGUAAACUCUAAUCCAAACAGACUGCCAGAGACACUUCAGAAUAUGCACACAUGCGUAACGCACUGUGUUCAUAUAAGGAGCUGAAAUUCUUCUGUUUGGGAAUUCAAACCAUAUUUAGAGCUACAUGUCUGUUUGGCUUGGCGUAAUUCUGCCACAUAACAACCCACUCUAAAUUCACGAGGAAUGAUGCUACAAAUUACCUCCAAAAACAUUGGACAAAACACACAAGAAGAACUGACUUCAAGUCAUAUCAAGUCAGCAGUGGUCAGUACGCCCCUUCCCCUGCCUACUCAUUUCUCCCAUGCCCAGCAGUCCUACUCCCUAAAGAAACGCAGACUUCCCUUCUCUUCCUCAACAUCAUCUUCCUCCCUGUCCCCAUGCCCGAUCUCUCACUCUUCGCCGCCACGACCCCCGUCUAAAGGAUGCCCCCCACUCAGUCGAGUGUUUCCACACCGGCCUGCUCCGUGGAUACCCCUGUCACGCUCCCUUAUAGAGUCACCACCUCCUCGCUCUUUAUAUGAUCCGUCUCGACCGCAGACUUUCUUCAACCAGUGCUUCACGAAUUUGGGCCUGAUUGGACGAGGUUCCUUUGGUGAAGUGUUCAAGGUUGUGAGUUUAUUGGAUGGUGCUCAGUAUGCCGUCAAGCGCUCAGUACAGCGCUUUCGCAGUGAGGGCGAGCGAGAGAGGAACAUUAAAGAGGCUCGUAAUCACGAGGGACUAAAACAACACCCUCACGUGCUGGGUUUCAUUGCAGCCUGGGAGGAGGGUGGUCACCUCUACAUCCAGACUGAGCUCUGCUGUUCCAGCCUGUUGGUUCAUGCUGAAGAAAGGCCAUCCCAUACUGGUGAGGCAUGUGCCUGGACAUACCUGUGUGACAUGCUCUCGGCACUCAAGCACCUGCAUGCUCAAGGGUUUGCCCACAUGGACAUCAAACCAGCAAAUGUUUUUGUCACAAAGUCUGGACGCCUAAAACUUGGAGACUUUGGCUUGUUGAUAAAGCUAUCUACCGAUGCCCAAAAACUAGAGAUAGAGGAGGAUGAUUUACAGGAAGGGGACCCCAGGUAUAUGGCACCUGAACUGCUAAGAGGGAAGUAUGGGACUGCUGCAGACAUAUUUAGUUUAGGGGUGUCCAUUCUGGAAUUGGCCUGUAACAUUGAGGUUCCUAAAGGAGGAGAUGACUGGCAGCAGCUCAGACAGGGUCAUUUACCUGCUGAAUUCACUAAUGCUUUAUCAGCAGAGCUGCAGUAUGUACUUCAGCUCAUGUUGAAACCAGAGCCUUGUGACAGAGCCACAGCCUCGCAGCUGCUUACACUGCCUACUGUCUCCAAGCGCAAGUGGAGGCGACAGCUGUCCCUCUACAUCAUCGAAAGCUUCCUGUCCUUAUUUUAUUGCUGGCAAUCCCUACUUACAGCUAGCUGGAGUUUUAUUUCAUCUUUCAGUCUUCCAUUUACACCUUUCUGUGCAUCCUCACCUCCCUGUACUCCUCCCAGAGACAGAUGGGAGAGAGAGACAGAUCUGAGCCACUCCGAUAGCCCUACACAUGACUGUGUGUUUCCUUCAGAUGAACCCCAACACUCGCCCACCUUCUCACACAGAGUCCAGGCGAGGUUAUCUGUGAGCAGUACUUCCACACCACUGCAAAACUCGCACACAAGUUUUACACGUACUCCUACACACAGUCAGCAAACACGCACUCCCUCCAUCACUCCCUCCAGCAGCAGCCCAAGCCCCAUUCAUCACAGCUCGCAUCACCAUCAUUCAGACGCACUACUCAGCCAAGACAGAAGGUGGAUCAACAAUGAACUGUCCAAUAAAAGCAUCUUUGAGCCAAAAAACCUGCUGACACUUUUUGAUGAGGCCAACCUAGACAGUGAGCCAUGAGUUCUGAUUAUAACAGUGUUAUUAAGGGAAUGUAUAAAUUCACAAGCUGCCCUGUUUUGGUAUUGUUUUUGUGGUCAUUUGAUUUUUUUUCUUUUUUAUUUGAGAAAACAUUUAAAGAUAUUGAAAGUGAUUGAUAUUGAACCUGGUUGAUCAUUCUUUUGUGGGGGAGGGAACAAGUAUGAUGGUGUUUGCCAGUGUGCAAAUAUGAACUCUAAGUUCUGUAAACAGUGUAUCAUUAAAAGACUACUACUAUCUUAUGUUAAUUGUUAAAUUUAGCAACAUGAUAAUUUGUUGGUUUUCUUGUCCACAGUAAAACCAGUAUUUCAAUUACAUUAA